AUGCCUGAAACAAUCCCUAUCCUCCUGUUAACAUUUGGAGCCCUUUACACAUCUCACAAACUCUUCACGUUUUGGAAAGCAAUAGGCGCUAUUGAUCAUCUUCCCGGAUAUCGUGUUGCUUUUCACGAUGACAGUCUUGUUUUAAUCUUGACGAGGAUUCCUGGUAUAGCUCCCGGAUUCAAUUAUCUUUUUUUGGACAAAUACACGACUAGAUAUACCAAGUGGGAUGUGACAUCCAUGGUUUCCAUGUUCCCGAAUGUGGUGACGUCCCUUGCAGUUGCAGAUGCUGACACGGCCAAACACAUUCUUUCAGACCGGACGCUGUUCCCCAAACCACUUGCCCAGAUGAAGUUUUUGACUUUUUUUGGGAAUAACAUCGGCACUGUCAAUGGCGAAGAGUGGAAGAGGCACAGAAAAAUCUCAGCUCCAACCUUUUCAGAUCGCAAUAACAGGCUGGUCUGGGACGAAACUAUCCUUAUCAUGGAAUCCUUGUUUUCUGAUGUAUGGAAGAAUAAGGAUGUGGUUUCGGUCGAUCAUUUCGUGGACCUCACACUUGCAAUUGCCAUUUUUGUGAUAAGCGUUGCCGGCUUUGGGAAGAAGGUGUCUUGGCUUAAUGACACUAUUAUUCCGGACGGACACAAGAUGACCUUCAAAGACUCUCUUCACAUCACAUGUACGGACGUCAUUUUCAAACUGCUUUUUCCUGACUGGAUACUUGACCACGGCACCCGGCGGAUGAAAAAUACAAGGAUUGCCUUUGAUGAAAUGAAAGUAUAUAUGUCAGAGAUGAUUCAAGAUCGUCGGCUGUCGGAUAAAGUUGAACGUCAUGAUUUGCUUUCAGCAUUGAUGAAUGCACACAGCGAUGACCUGAGCGAUAGCUACUUGUCAGACAGUGAACUUAUGGGCAGCAUAUAA